GAGGGAGAAAUUGAUGGAUGGACUUCUCUUUCAUCUCCUAGGUCACUGCUCAAAUGCCCCAGAGGGGCUGGCAAGUCAGGCCAGGUCUCCCAGGUAGGUGUCUGGGAACCAGGUGCUUCGGCCAUCACCUGCUGCCUCUCCAGUGGGCAUUAGCAGGAAGCUGGAAUCAGCAGGGCUGGGACUCCAACGCAGGAACCCAGCAUAGGAUGUGGACAUCCCAGUUGGUGGCUGAGCUGACUGCUGCAGAAGGCACUUGCUGCUCCCACCUGUAACUCAGUCCCCCUCUGACAUCAAUGUUUCUACAGAGAGAUUUAUUUUUGUAGUAACCACUCACUUUGAGAAUGCAUGUGUGCAGUGUGUUUCAUUCAUCUGCUUGUCCGGGGACCCUCUCUGUUUUUUCUGCCUCAUCCAUUUUUGGCUGAGAGAAGUGUUUCUUUGGCCUCAUGCACGUGUGAAAUGUGCAUUCUUCCUAGAACACUACAGCAAAGUUUUUGAGACAUGAAGAGGAUCCUCAGCAAUGAAAACUACAACCUUUUGGCUUCCUGCUGAUGACAUAAGGGCUUGGAUCUUGUGGCUCUUUGCGAUGACCCUGCACGAGAUGUCUGCCCAAGUCAUCCAUCAAGUUGAAGAGGCACUGGAUGAAGAGGAGAAGGAGACACUGCUUUUCUUGUGCCGGGAUGUGACCGCUGAUGUGGUUGCACCCAAUGUCAGGGACCUUCUAGAUGUUUUAAGCAAGCAAGGCAAGCUGUCUGUCGGGGACUUGGCAGAGUUGCUGUACAGAGUGAAGCGCUUUGACCUGCUCCAGCAGAUCUUGAAGAUGGACAAAGCAGCUGUGGAGGCGCACCUGUUCAGGCACCCUCACCUUGUGUCAGACUACAGGGUACUAAUGACAGAGAUUGAUGAAGAUCUGAUAAAAUCUGAUGUGUCUUCAUUGGUCUUCCUUAUGAGAGAUUACAUAGGCCGAGGCAAGAUAACCAAGGAUAAGAGUUUCCUGGAUCUUGUGAUUGAGAUGGAGAAACUAAAGCUGGUUGCUCCAGAUCAACUGGAUUUAUUAGAAAAAUGCCUAGAGACCAUCCACAGAAUAGACCUGAAGACAAAAAUCCAGAAAUACAGGCAAUCUGACCUCUUGUCUGCUUGUCGAGCUCCAAGAGUGGGAGCAAAUUAUACCAAUGGUGUUCACGCCUCUCUCCUGAACUUGACUCUCAAAGAUCCUUCAUGUAACUUAAGGCUACAGAAUGGAAGAAUUAAAGACCAAAGGCUUGUGGAACAACUUGGCAUUCAAAGAAGGCCGGUGAAGAAGUCCGUUCAGGAAUCAGGAGCCUCGGUGCCUCAGCACCUAACAGAAGAGAGAUACAGGAUGCGGAGCAAGCCCCUGGGAAUCUGCCUGAUAAUUGAUUGCAUCGGCACUAACAUAGAGGGUCUUCAAAAAACUUUCACCUCUCUGGGCUUUAAAGUGCAGCCCUUCAAGUGUCUCCGUAUGUGUGACAUCAUCAGAGAACUUGACAAAGCUGCCAGGGAACCCAAGCAUCAAGACUAUGACAGCUUUGUGUGUAUCCUAGUGAGCCGAGGAAGUACCCAGAGUGUAUUCGGUGUGGACAAGUUUGAAUCGGGCUUUCCCUUGCACAACAUCCGGAAGAUGUUCAUGGGGGACUCGUGCCCUUAUCUCGUAGGGAAGCCUAAGCUUUUCUUCCUCCAGAACUAUGUGGUGUCAGAGAGCCUGCUGGAGGUGGAUGGACCGGCUGUGAAAACUUCCGAACCCAAGAUGCCACACCUGGGACCCUCCACCAUUCACCGUGAAGCCGACUUCUUCUGGAGCCUGUGCACGGCGGAUGUGUCCCUGCUGGAGCAGGUCCCCAGCUCACCUUCCCUAUACUUGCAGGUCCUCUCCCAGAAGUUGGAACAAGAAAGAAAACGCCCACUCCUGGACCUCCAUGUUGAACUCAACAGCAAAGUGUGUGAUUGGAACAGUCAAGUUCCUGCUAAGAAGAAGUACCAUGUCUUGCUGCAGCAUACUCUGCGAAAACAACUCAUCCUUUCUUAACCAAAAAACAAUUCAAA